CCAACAUGGCUGAGGUGGUGCCGCUCCUCCUGCGGCGGGCGCGGAGCGGAGGAUGCUGAGCCCGCCCGGAGCCGCCGCCGCAGCCGCAGGGGUGGUGAGGCCGAGGCGCGCCCCGCGCAGCCAUGGCCAGGCUGGCCGACUACUUCAUCGUGGUGGGCUAUGACCACGAGAAGACAGCAGGACCAACAGAAGGUUUGGGGAAAAUAAUACAGAGGUUUCCUCAGAAGGACUGGGAAGACACUCCUUUUCCACAGGGAAUAGAGUUGUUUUGCCAGCCUGGAGGAUGGCAGCUUUCGAAAGAGAGGAAACAGCCAACGUUCUUUGUGGUGGUUCUGACUGACAUAGACUCAGAGAGGCACUACUGCUCCUGCUUAACUUUCUAUGAAGCAGAGAUUAACCUGCAGGGAACGAAAGAAAUUGAAGGUGAAGAGGAGUCUGGUUUAAUUCCACCUGCAGAAGUAUUUGCUCCUAAAAGUCUGGUCUUGGUAUCCAGACUGGAUUAUCCAGAAAUUUUCAGGGCUUGCCUUGGCCUGAUCUACACGGUGUAUGUGGACAGCCUGAACGUGUCACUGGAGACUCUCAUUGCAAAUCUGUGCUCAUGCCUUGUCCCUGCUUCUGGAGGGUCUCAGAAAUUGUUUUCUUUGGGAGCUGGAGACCGACAACUGAUACAGACUCCUCUGCACGAUAGCCUUCCUGUUACAGGCACCAGUGUGGCUCUUCUCUUUCAGCAACUGGGAAUCCAAAAUGUACUCAGCUUGUUCUGUGCCGUGCUUACAGAAAAUAAGGUUCUCUUUCACUCAGCAAGUUUUCAGAGGCUCAGUGAUGCCUGUAGGGCUCUGGAGUCUUUGAUGUUUCCCCUCAAAUACAGUUAUCCCUAUAUUCCAAUUCUUCCUGCACAGCUACUGGAAGUUCUCAGCUCCCCAACACCUUUCAUCAUUGGUGUACAUUCUGUCUUUCGCAAUGACAUUCAUGAGCUUUUAGAUGUAAUCAUAGCAGACCUGGAUGGAGGAACAAUUAAAAUUCCUGAAUGUAUUCAUCUGUCUCAGCUGCCGGAGCCACUGCUGCAUCAGACUCAAAUGGCACUUUCUCUCGUUUUGCAUCCUGAUUUGGAAACAGCAGAUUAUGCAUUCCCUCCCCCACGAACAGCUUUGUCACACUCAAAAAUGCUGGAUAAAGAAGUGCGAGCAAUCUUCCUUAGGCUAUUUGCACAACUUUUCCAAGGAUAUCGGUCCUGUCUUCAGCUGAUCAGGAUUCAUGCUGAACCCGUAAUUCAUUUCCACAAGGCAGCCUUCUUGGGCCAGCGAGGCUUAAUUGAGAAUGACUUUCUAACCAAAGUCCUCAAUGGAAUGGCAUUUGCUGGUUUUGUGUCAGAGAGGGGUCCUCCCUUCAGAGCCUGUGAUCUUUUCGAUGAGUUGGUAGCCUUUGAAGUUGAAAGAAUUAAAGCUGAAGAGGGCAAUCCACCAAAAAUGAUAAAGCAUGUUAGAGAACUUGCUGAACAGCUCUUCAAAAAUGAGAAUCCCAAUCCCCACAUAGCAUUCCAGAAAGUGCCACGGCCCACGGAGGGCUCCCACCUGCGUGUUCACAUCCUGCCUUUCCCCCGGAUCAACGAGUGCCGGGUGCAGGAGCUCCUCCAGGAAGGCCUCGCCAGGAGUCAGGGGGCCCCCCCUGCCACCCGGGGGGACAAGAAGUGCGUUGUCCCGGCGGGUCCCCCCGUUGUUUCCAUAAUGGAAAAAGGAAGCACAGUUUUCAACAGUGCUCAAAGGCUGGAAGUUGUCAGAAACUGCAUCUCGUUCAUUUUUGAAAACAAAUUUUUGGAGACUGAGAAGACCCUGCCUGCAGCUCUGAGAGCCCUAAAAGGGAAGGCAGCUCGGCACUGCCUGACCCAGGAACUUGGCCAGCACGUUAAACAGAACCGAGCAAUCCUGGACCAUCAGCAGUUUGAUUACAUUGUGCGAAUGAUGAACUGUGCUUUGCAGGAUUGUUCAUCUUCAGAGGAAUACAACAUUGCUGCAGCGUUGCUGCCCCUGACGACUGCUUUCUAUAGGAAAUUAGCACCUGGAGUUAGUCAGUUUGCUUACACCUGUGUACAGGAUCAUCCUAUCUGGACUAACCAACAGUUUUGGGAAACAACCUUUUAUAGCAACGUGCAAAAUCAAGUUCGUGCCCUUUACCUUACAGCCAAAGAUGACAACCAUGCAGUACAGUUAAAACAAAAGGAGAAAACUUCUGCCAGCCCAGACCAGGAUAAGACAGCAAUGGACCUGGCUGCCGAGCAGCUGCGAUUGUGGCCAACUCUUAAUAAACAGACGCAGCAGGAGCUAGUCCAGAAUGAGGAAAGCACCGUUUUCAGUCAGGCAAUUCAUUUUGCCAACCUCAUGGUCUAUCUGCUGGUACCACUGGACACGAGUAAGAACAAGUUGCUGAGAACUUCAGCCACUGGUGACUGGGAGAGCGGAAGCAACAGCAUUGUCACAAACAGUAUUGCAGGCAGUGUUGCAGAGAGUUACGACACCGAGAGUGGAUUUGAGGACUCGGAGAACAACGACGUUGCAAAUGCGGUUGUGCGCUUCAUCACCAGAUUUAUUGACAAGGUCUGCACAGAAAGUGGAGUUACCCAGGAUCACAUCAAGGGGCUGCAUUGCAUGAUACCAGGCAUUGUAGCAAUGCACAUAGAGACUCUGGAGGCUGUCCAUCGUGAGAGUAGGCGGCUUCCACCAAUACAGAAGCCCAAAAUUCUACGACCAACUUUACUGCCAGGAGAAGAAUUUGUUUGUGAAGGUCUCCGUGUGCUACUGGAUCCUGAUGGCAGAGAGGAAGCCACAGGAGGACUGCUUGGAGGUCCUCAUAUCCUCCCUGCUGAAGGAGCUUUGUUCCUUACCACUUACAGAAUUAUAUUUAAAGGCACUCCUCAUGAUCAACUGGUUGGAGAGCAGACGGUGAUCCGGAGCUUUCCUAUUGCAUCUGUUACGAAGGAGAAGAAGAUCAGUAUUCAGAACCAGCUGCAGCAGAGUAUGCAGGAAGGACUGCAGAUCAGUUCAGCUACCUUUCAGUUAAUUAAAGUAGCAUUUGAUGAAGAAGUAAGUCCCGAAGUGGUGGAAAUAUUUAAGAAGCAGUUAAUGAAGUUCCGCUAUCCCCAGUCUAUCUUCAGCACUUUUGCAUUCGCCGCUGGGCAAACAGCACCACAGAUAAUUUUACCGAAACAGAAAGAAAAGAACACUUCAUUCCGUACCUUCUCAAAAAGCAUUGUGAAAGGAGCAAAACGUGCUGGGAAGAUGACAAUUGGACGCCAGUAUUUAUUAAAGAAGAAGACAGGCACAAUAGUGGAAGAAAGAGGAAAUCGCCCAGGCUGGAAUGAAGAUGAUGAUAUCUCUGUUUCAGACGACAGCGAGAUGCACACGGGUGGCACCCUGAAAGCAUCAGAAAAAUCAACAAUGGAGCAAUUAGUAGAAAGAGCCUGUUUCAGAGACUACCAGCGUUUGGGCCUGGGCACCAUCAGCACUAACUCGUCUCGCUCAAAAACAGAAUACUUACGAAUAACUGCACUGAACAGGAUGUAUUCACUUUGCAGGAGUUACCCUGGGCUGCUGGUGGUCCCCCAGUCUGUCCAGGACAGCAGCCUGCAGAGAGUGGCUCGCUGUUACCGGCACAACCGCCUGCCCGUGGUCUGUUGGAAGAACACCAAAAACAGCACUCUGCUGCUAAGGUCCGGGGGCUUUCAUGGGAAGAGUGUUGUGGGCCUCUUCAAAUCCCAAAACACACAUCCUACAGCUCCUGCUUCUUUAGAAUCUUCAAGCAGUAUAGAACAGGAAAAAUACCUGCAAGCCUUACUGAAUGUGAUAUCCGUCCACUGCAAAAUGAAUGGCAGUAAUACUCUCACUGUUAGCCCAACAAUUGCUCUGUCUCCAGGCACUGAAACGAGGGCUUCAAGAAUGUCUACUGUGUUUAAGCAGGUAGUGCCAGGACAUUUGGAUGUAAAUCUAUCCAAUAGCUUUGCUCGAGGAGUGCUUGGGUACAGAGAUAAAUGUUUCACUCAUUCAAAUUCCAAAUCAGCAACUAAGGAAAGAGUCCAUCAAGGUGUAUGGGCGAGUCUUCGUUCAAGCAACCGAUUUAUCAACACUCAGACUCCAUUCAUUGAUGUUGGUGCAAGACUUGCAGGGAAAGAUAACACCCCUUCCUACAGUAGCAGCAGUUUCCUGCAAAGUCAGCUCUUGAGAAGACAAGCAGCCCUCUAUAUAUUUGGAGAAAAAUCUCAGUUACGGGGGUUCAAACUUGAUUUUGCUUUGAAUUGUGAAUUUGUUCCUGUUGAAUUCAGUGACAUCCGACAGACAAAGGCAAGCUUUAAAAAGCUGAUGAGAGCUUGUGUUCCCAGCACAAUUCCUACCGAUUCUGAGGCAACAUUCCUUAAAGCACUUGGGGAGUCAGAGUGGUUCCCACAGCUUCACAGGAUAAUGCAACUGGGUGUGAUCAUCUCUGAACUCCUGGAAAAUGGUUCUUCUGUUAUGGUUUGUUUGGAAGAUGGCUGGGAUAUUACUGCACAAGUGGUGUCUCUGGUGCAGUUGCUCAGUGAUCCCUUCUAUAGGACACUUGAAGGCUUCCGAAUGCUGGUGGAAAAAGAAUGGCUCUCUUUUGGUCAUAAAUUCAGUCAACGUAGUAAUCUGACUCUCAAUUGUCAGGGUAGUGGAUUUGCUCCUGUUUUCUUACAGUUCUUAGACUGUGUGCAUCAGAUUCAUAACCAAUAUCCGACAGAGUUUGAGUUCAAUCAAUAUUACCUGAAGUUUCUGGCUUUUCAUCACAUAUCAAAUCGAUUUAAAACAUUUCUUCUGGAUUCAGACUAUGAAAGACUAGAACAUGGGACACUGUUUGAAGAUAAAGGAGAUAAACAUGCCAAAAAAGGAAUCUGUAUUUGGGAAUGUAUUGAAAAGAUGCACAAAAGGAGCCCUAUUUUCUUCAAUUACCUCUAUGCCCCUGCUGAGAUGGAGGCACUGAAACCAAAUGUAAAUAUGUCCAGCCUCAAAAAGUGGGAUUAUUACGUAGAAGAGAUUUUGGCUACAGGUCCUUCUUAUGAUUGGACCAUGGUACCUGCAAAGUGCAGUGUUUCAGAGGAAACGGACCAAGCAGAUGGUUCACUCCCUCAGACUAAGAGGAAAAUAGUAUGGCCAUGUUACGAUGAUGUUAAAAAAAUACAACCUGAUGCCAUCACCAGUCUUUUAAAUGAAAUCGAAAGGUUGGAAAGUAAGUUAAAUCAGAGCCCAGAAAGGUGGCAGCUUUUGUGGGAAAGGGUCAAAAUGAAUCUAAAGGAUGACACCAGACAAGACAAUCUCCGGAAACAUCCUUCUGGCUCCUCAGGGAUGAUGUCAGCUAAUCUACAUUCCUAUCAAAAGAGGUCUUUGUUGGAAAUACCUGACAGUGGGCUGGGCGAGGAGCAGAGUGCAAGCAUCUCUCCCUCUAAUGGAGUGGACAGAAGAACAACAACGCUGUACAAUCAUUUCACAUCAAAGAAUGAUGAAAAUAGAUCUUUUGAAGGUACGCUGUACAAAAGGGGGGCUUUGCUGAAAGGGUGGAAACCUCGCUGGUUUGUGCUGGAUGUGACAAAACACCAGCUGCGCUACUAUGACUCCGGUGAGGAUACAAGCUGUAAGGGACACAUAGACCUUGCAGAAGUAGAAACUGUGAUUCCUGCUUCUCCAACAAUUGGAGCCCCGAAACAUGCGAGUGAAAAAGCAUUUUUUGAUUUGAAGACAAAUAAACGUGUGUAUAAUUUUUGUGCCCAAGAUGCACAGAGCGCUCAACAAUGGAUGGAUAGGAUCCAGAGCUGCAUUUCAGAUGCUUAGAAAGGAAAAGUGUUCCAUGAUAAAAGCAACUCUUCCUGGAAGAAGUGAAGUUCUGGAAUGUUACUGACAGAAAACCCGCCUUCCUUACAUUUCAGCCAUUAAAGUUCAAAAUACGCUAAAGUUCCUUUUCUGUUUAAUAAUUAUAACCACUGUAACUGCUAUUUUUUUUUUCUGCAGGGAGGACUUGGAAAAAUAAUAAUCCAUUUAUCCUGAAUUCCCUCUUUCUUCAGUACAAUUCCUAGCUAUAAAAGUGGGCUGUACUUGCACUAUCAUCUAAACCCAGUUUUCUCAUUUCAGAGCUAUUCUUAUUAGGAAACCUGUCCAAAGGAAUUGGUAGAAAUCUUCCCUCCAAGAAGAAACAUAUUUUUACUUUAUUUAGAUUUUUAAGCAGAAUGUCCUUAUUUCCAAGCUUGUCACAAAUAAGAGGGAACAUGUCUACAAUUCCUCAAAGCAAAUAGGUAAAUAAAGCUUGUGAGUCCAGUGA